UAAGUGCCCUCCCCUCUAUACUACCUUUCUGGCCUGGACUUCCCUCCCUUCUCGCUACAGGUUUUGGCUUGUCCAUGUCUCUGAGCAAGAUGAGCCAGUCCCAGGACAUCCGGGAACUGUGGACAAGGGCCACCAUGUCUCAGAGCAACAUUCCCGUGUCGUUGACGGAAGUCUGUCAGGUCUCCAACCCCGAGGGCAGCUCCUCGGGUACCAGUAUUGCUGAGUGGUAUUUCCAGGACAGUAAUAUCGAUUUGGAGGAACAGGAUUCCGGGGAGGAAAGAGUCGCCUUGCGAAGGGUUGGCACGACCGAUAUGAACAGGUCCAGCCAGAGAAGGCAGUCAGAGCCCAGCUUAUCCUUGGACAGACAUAACAAAACAACCAUCAUUGCACAUGAGAGCAAAGUGGAUGCAAACCACUGUCCUCUAGUGUUUCCCCACCCACGUUCACCUUUCUUCUAUUUCUCUUCCAGAACACCCUCUUCAAUUAUAUCCCUUCCUGGGAAAUACGCCCCCCAUCAACCCUACUGGCUGGAGCAGCAUACCAGGCUGCCACUGCCGCUGGUGGAACUCAUGGAAAAUGAAGCUCUGGAAAUCCUCACCAAAGCUCUCAAGAGCUACCGGUCGGGAAUCGGCAACGACCACGGCCUGACCCAGGAGCUGCAGCGCUACGUCGAGGGGCUCAGGAGGCGCCGGAGCAAGCGGGCGAAGGUCGUGGCGCAGAGAAAGCAGCAGCCAGAAGAAGAGACGCUCUAGGGUCCAGGGAG